AUGGAGUCUCCUCUGUCAACGGGGGGCCGCAUUUUUGUGGCCUUCUUUGCGACCGUCUUUUGGGGAAUGGGUGUUCGUGGUCUGCACAACUUGGAGAUAAAUGUGCCAAAUGCCGUUCUUGUGGGCGAAACGGUGACUCUCGAAUGCACUUGGCAGUUAGAGGACGAGGAAGCGUUGUACAGCGUGAAGUGGUACAGAGGAAGAGAGGAGUUCUAUAGGUAUAUACCUAAAGAGCUUCCGCAUACGCGGGUGUUUCCAUUACCUGGAAUUGAAGUUGAUAUAUCACGAUCCGGGGCGCGUCGCGUGGUCCUGCAAGAGGCGACGCCCGCAAUGGCAGGUCGUUUCCGGUGCGAGGUAUCAGCAGACGCGCCUACCUUCCACACGGAAAUACGAUCAGCACCGCUCGAAGUCGUUGAAACACCUGAAUGGGGACCGAAGCUCGUGUCAGAUAGAUCAUGGUACGGCGUGGGAUCAACGUUGCGUGCCACUUGCGUAUCACCACCAGCGCAUCCACCCGCCAACCUUACGUUUGCUCUGAACGGUCGAGAGAUCGAUAUGGAGUCGUUUGUUUACGAGUUACCAGAAUGGUUCAAAUGGGAUCCGCCGGCGAAAAGCGACACAACGACGACCGAAGCCCCUGACGAGGAUAUCAAUUUCAAUAUAUUCCACGACGAUAAUAACGUCCAAUAUCUGGAUGAAUCGUAUAUAAACUUGCACAAGGAGGAAAUACGCCGACCUCCCAAGGAGAACGUCAAACAAGUGUUCGAAAGGUCCGGGCCAGAUAAUAGGAUGCCGUCUGUCGGGGAAGUUUUGUUCGUUGUUCGACAUGAGGCGUUCGAAGGUGGCAGCCUCCGACUCACUUGUAUAGCUAGCAUAUACAACUUGUAUGCGGCCCGAGCUGAGUUGAUUUUCGAUAUGGAGCAGCCAGAAGUUGCGUCGGUUUUAGGUGUUCGUAAUGACGCUAGAGAUUCAACGUUAUCAUUCAUUGUCCUCUGGUCAACUUUAUUUCUGCUGUACAACAAUUAUUUUUUUUACGUCCGGUAG